CCAGACUACGCCAUUCCGCGGGAAAAUUAAAGAAGAAAUUUUGUUGAACCGGACAUCUGUAAAGAACGAUUUACUUUCAAAAGUGCAACUGCAAGUUCUGGGGUGACGUUAGGCCCUAAACACCGACAGUGAAUCACCAUGUUUGUCACUGACAUCCGGAAGGAUUUUUACGAGAAAGUGCUGCACAAGCGUGUCCUUGUCUUGGUCUCGUUUGACGUCGAUGCGAUAUGCGCAUGCAAGAUCCUGAAAGCGUUGUUCCACUGCGACAGUGUGCAGUACACGUUGGUGCCAGUCGCCGGCAAGAUGGAUUGGGAACGAGUAUUUUCAGAACAUGCAGAACAGCUGGAGUUUGUCGUCAUGAUCAACUGCGGUGCAACGUUGGACAUCCUGGAGACGCUGCAACCAGAGGAGAAUGUGACGUUCUUUGUAUGUGACAGUCAUCGGCCUAUGGAUCUUGUCAAUGUCUACAAUGACACACAGGUGAAGUUGCUGAUGUCUCCUGAAGAAAGCAUCCCCAAGUAUGAGGACAUCUUCAGGGAUGAUGAGUCCGAUGAUGAGGAUGAUAUUGGGAAUGACAGCGAUGGUUCAGAGCCUAAUGGGAAGAGGAGACGAUUUGAUGAGGAUGUCUUGGAGAGGCGUAUGGAAAGACGCCGCAAGCGGAGGGAAUGGGAUGGACACAGGCACCAACUUCUGUUCGAUUACGAGGAGUUCUCAGGCUAUGGCCAAUCUGCUGCAAUGAUCAUGUAUGACUUGGCGUGGAAGAUGUCCAAGGACACAAACGACCUGCUCUGGUGGGCCAUUGUUGGCUUAACAGACCAGUUGUUGUCCAAGAAGAUUGACAGGGAGACCUAUGUUCUUGAGGCCACGGAGUUAAACCGCCACGUAGCACGUCACAACCACCGAGGUGACGAAGAGGAAGAUUCCGUCUCCAUCAACUCCAUGAGGAUAUCCUUCACCUCAGAACUGCAACUUGCCUUAUACAGACACUGGUCUCUCUUUGAAAGUCUCAGGCACUCCUCAUAUACAGCUUGCAAUCUAAAGCUGUGGACUCUGAAAGGUUUCAAGAAACUACAUGAGUUUCUGGCGGACAUGGGCGUGCCGUUGUCAGAAUGCAAACAGAAGUUCUCGGCCAUGGACAUGGGCCUUAAGGACAACGUCACUGAUUGGUUGGUCACAUCAGCUCGGAAAUUUGGCUUGGAACAAAUCACACUGUCUUCUUUCCAUGCCCAAUACGGCUUCAAGAACAAGUUCUGUGCCUUUGAUGUAGCUUAUGGAGUCAAUGCCCUGUUGGAAUCUGUGGAAACAGAGAAGUCCCAGGAAGGUUAUUUCUUGGAAGCUCUGGACUGCCUGUCAAGAUCCAACAUCGACAAGCUUGCGCACGGCCUGGAGCUAUCCAAACGUCAGUUCCGCGCCACGGUCAACACCGUCCAGUCCUUGCUGGACAUGACCCAGGUCAUUUCGGCAGGAUCCUUCCUCUAUGCAUUCAUCCAGGAAGGGACGCCCGACACCAGGUAUUUUGCCCGGCCCAACUGCCUGGGUAUGCUGGCAAGAUUUACACUUGAGGCCUACGUGAAAAUGUCCAAAAACAGGAAAGCUCGAACCCUUCCGUUGGUCAUGACAGCACCCCUCAAUCUAGAAACGGGAACUCUGCUCGUGGUUGGAAUACCUCCGCUGCCAGAACUGGAACAAAGCUCAAAGAAUUUCUUUGGGAGGGCUUUUGAGCAGGCUGGAAAGAAGACUAGCUCAAGAAUCCUUCACGACAACUUUGAUUCCUCCGUGAUUGAGAUGAAGAACGAAGACCGCAGCAAAUUCUUUGAUGCCCUCAUCUCACUCCUGACAUAAUUUGAGGAUCUAGGGAGUCUACCCUCUAAAAUAAAAUCGCCUGUUCAUACCAAAAUAUUCUCAAUGGAAGGCUUUGAUACCCUAAGUUAGUGGAAGUGUUUUGAAUGGUGCACACAAUCAGCAAACCUCGUAAACCUUUUAAUUUGAAAUUCCAUGUAGAAAUUUCUAGAAUUUGAAACAUAUGAUGGUAAUUUUUUUGAGGAUUCAUGUGGAUUUUUCUUAAAAGUGGAUGUGCAAGAACGCAAAUACUUACCUCAAAAAUAAUUAUUUUAGGACCUAGUCCAUUUGUCAUGUUUAAACCGAGAGAAAUUAUUUGACAUUUUGUACAAAGUGUAAAUAGGAAAGUGCUCUUUAGAGAUGUUUAUUUAAAAUGUGAGGCUUCAGAACGUUGAUGAAAAUGAUUUUAUUUUGAUCUUCACCAUCUGAAGCAAAAAAACAAACCCCUUUUUCUUAUGCCUUUCAAGUAUUUUAAAAUCUGCACUUGGUACAAAUAUUGUGUGUUUAAGUGAUUUGCUCCAACAGAAAAUUAGAAAGUUCUACAAAUGGCAAUCAGUCUAAAACCUCAACACAUUUUCCUAAACAUGGGUCACAUUGUGGCCAAUAUAAACCCCAUUAUUUAUUUGUUUUAAAAUGUAAGUGUGGAAAUUCUGUAGUUUUUCAUAUUAUCUACUCAAGCGCUGUUAAAUAUGAUUCAUAUAAUAUAUGUGUAUAUUACUAAAUAGAAACAAGAAAAAAGACGAACCUUGGAACAAUGAAAUAGUAAAAGAAUAACUCCAUUAUAUAUACAUUCAUACAACCUCAACACAACCUGAACGCUAAUAAAUACUUUUGGUUCCAUUUUGCAUAAGUUACUUCAAUAUAUUACUCUUCAAUGUAUAUUUCAGAUUUCAAAAUAUUUGAGAAUUUUCCAUAUCUUAAAUAUCUUCGUUUGUAUUUUAAUUUUAAAAUAAUUACUGGAACAUAAACAGAAGCUAUUAUAUUUUACUAGUUAGCUCCAAGGUUAUUUUUUGUCAGCACAUUCCUUGCUACAAAUUUACUUCAACAAUGAAGACAUGCCAUCGAGUUUAAUUUGCGAUUCAAAAAUAUCACAUGUAAUUAUUUUAUUUGUCCCUUGUGUACCAGUCAUGAUGUAAAUAAAGCAAAGUUGUAAAUAUGUAGAAUG